AUAAACGGUACGUUUGAUUUACGCCCACGUGUCGAUUUGAGGUGCCGCACUAAUCAAAUGGAUUCCUUAACUAACGGAUGGUUCAGCGAACUCCAGGCCGAGCUGUGGCCCGGACAGUCCUUUUCCCUGAAGGUCAAGGAAGUAAUCCACAAAGAACGUUCCAAGUUCCAGGACAUCCAAAUUGUCGAAACGGAAACUUACGGCCGGUGCUUGAUUUUGGAUGGAAUUAUACAGUGCACGGCCAGGGACGAAUUCUCAUACCAGGAGAUGAUAUCCUUCCUGCCACUCUGCGCCCAUCCAAACCCGAAGAAGGUGCUGAUCGUCGGCGGCGGCGAUGGCGGUGUGGCCCGCGAGGUGGUAAAACACCCGCUGGUUGAGGAAGUGCAUCAGGUGGAGAUCGAUGACCGCGUUGUAGAGCUCUCGAAGAAAUAUUUACCGGCGAUGGCGUGCGGAUUCCAAAGCGAAAAGAUGAGGCUGACAAUCGGCGACGGCUUUGAUUACAUGAAGAAACACAAAAACGAAUUCGAUGUCAUCAUUACCGACAGUUCGGAUCCGAUCGGACCGGCUGUGAGUUUGUUUCAAGAGAGCUACUACGAGCUGAUGAAGCACGCCCUUAAAGACGAUGGAAUUGUCUGCUCUCAAGGCGGUAGUUUCUGGUUGGACCUGGACUACAUAAAGAAGACAAUGUCGGGUUGCAAGGAGCACUUUGCGAAAGUGGCCUAUGCGGUCACCUCCGUUCCAUCGUAUCCCUGCGGCCACAUCGGCUUCGUUAUGGGCUCUUUAAACAAAAAUCAAAACUUUGCUAGUCCCAAGCUGGAGAAGCAGCAGAUCGAUGCCAUAGACUUGAAGUACUACUCAUCCGAAGUGCAUUCCGCUGCGUUUGCCUUGCCGCGCUGGGUUCAGAAACACUUUUCCGAUUGACCACAACUGCAAGACAUUUUGUGUGUAACUUUGUUGUUAAACAAUAAAUAUGACAAUAGGAUAAUCGCCUCUUAA